UCACACUUUAUACUUCCCUCUCCCUCUUCUCAAAAGUUUUUUUUUUCCCCCUUUCCCAAUCGAAGAAUCAACGAGUUGAGAACAUACGAUGGCAGACGAUUUGUUUGAAGGAUUGCCUCCACCUUCCUCCAUCACUCAAUCACAACCACAACUUCCAAUUCUUUCUGUUUCUACCAACAACAACACCGAAUCCUCUUCACUUCUCUCCGCACCUAAACCCAUUCUCAAAAGUUCCCUCAAACGAUCCAACCCUACUCAAUCCGACAACUCCCAAGCUGCAGCUCCUAAAAAGAGUUUGAAGUUUAAAACCUCAACCGAUGCUUCUGAAACGCAAGUUAUUGACGCUAUGGAGAAGAUAUCUUCGCACAUCAAAAACCCUGCGAAAUUCAGCAAGGCUGCAAAGCUUGCCAUUCAGUUGAUUGAGGCAGGAAGUGUCAAGUCUGGGGUUAGUGAUUAUUUUUUCGCAAUAUUAGAAGCUGCAAUGUUGUCUCCCGUAUCUUGUACAGAUCCUUCGGUUCGGGCAGAUUAUCAUUCUCUGUUCACAGCUGCACAAAACGCAAAAGAACAUCUCAAUAAGAAGCAGAAGAAUCAACUGGCAACGUGGACGAUUAGUGCUGUGGUUGCAAAUGAUUUAUAUACAGAUGAUAGCUUUGUGUUCUCGAAAGCAGCUGGGCAAAUCAAGGAAGCUAUAUCUAACCUUCCUGUUGCGACAGAGGAGGAUGACACAGAAGAAGCAAUUUCUCUUAAUGACGGCACAGUAAUGGCAGAUGAAGGUGGUCAAACAUCUCCGAAUGAGGAGAAUAAUGCCUUGGAGGAAGCUGACCCAUUUGGACUGGAUUCACUGAUUCCUGGAUCCACAAAGAAAGGUGAAAAAUUUAAGGGAAAGAAUGACGCAGCUAUGAAGAUAAGGAAGGAAGAAGAGGAAGAAACCAAGCGAUUCCUUCAGUUACAAAGAAAAGCCCUGAUAACUUGUCUAGAGAUUGCUGCUCGGCGGUAUAAAACACCUUGGUGCCAGACAGUAAUUGAUAUUUUAGUGAAGCAUGCCGUUGAUAAUGUGGCAAGAUUUACAGCUCAUCAGAGGGAUGCUGUAAGGAAAUUGUGGGCUUCAAUACUGGAGCAGCAAACUCGUAGGAAGCAAGGAAAGUCGGUUAAUGGAAAGCUUGAUGUGAAUGGUUUUGAAUGGCUUCAACAAAAAUAUUCUACUGAGAAGAUUAGCAUUCGGCAUUCUGUUGGAGGUAGUGGAGACCGGCGUGCCACACAAUGGCUUGGUUAAGUUUUUUCUUGUGAAAUUUUCUGUAACAAAAAUGAGGCGAGUAAACAUUCUCGUCACUUCAUUGCUAGUGUUGUAACUUAUAAUAGGUCUCGGACAUCUCUCCUGACUUUGUUUCCCCAAAAACAUUGGUAGAAACUUUAUAAAAUGUGAUUUUUUCCCCUUC